CAAACACGGUUUGGCAACUUUUCCUUUAGUGUGUGAAUUUUGCAAUAUUCAUUGCAGGUUUUUCAUGUUGGUAUUUCUCUGUCGAUCUCCCUGACGAGCCACAGACAGGCAUACCGUUCAGAGUCUGAAUGACGUCCGAAUCCACAGCGAAUAUGGAUGCGUAGGCUGUCAUCCGAUUAUUGUUUGUCUGUUUGCGUCUUCGUUAUCUACCAAGUCUAGCGCAGGUCCUCAGGUGGCAGUGGCACUGCAUCCAAGCCCAUGGACGAGCAGCGAUCCGCACAAGAUGCGUUGGCCGCCAGGAAUAACGAGCGAGCGCAGAUCAUUUUCUUUGGAUGGGGGAAGGCAGCAACCAAGUGCCUGGAAGUUCUCUUCCGGGAGUAUCCCGGGCAGUUUGAUCUUACGAUCGUGAGUCAUACCGCACAGGAUGACGAAAAUCAAUUGGACACUAAGCUGGCUGAGCUGUGCGGUGAACAACCUGGAGCAAGUUCUUCAGGCACCACGAACAUAGCUAGCACCGACGGAGAAAAUAAAGUAGCGUUCCUUACGACGGCAACUGACCUCGUCGAGCAAGAGCGAACGCAAACGACAAACAGCACAGCAACCGGAAGUGGCAGUAGUGCUGCACCAUCCACGAGCACUGUCACCACGGGGGCUCCAGAUGCUGACAAGGUAGCAUCAUCUGGGCAGAGGAUUGAGACCCUAUAUUUCCAUGGAGGGCAGCAUGUGUGCCACUUGUUUCCCGAUUCCAUCGCACCCGAAAAGAGCGAAGCCUUGCUGCUGCAGAACCGGAAUGCCAACUUUGAUCUAAUGAUGUCGGUCUCCUACCGGAAACGCAUCAACUGCCUCCACCUCGCACCCUACCGCGUCAACUUUCAUCCGAGUCUACUGCUUAUGAAAGGCAAAGACAGUUGUAGUGCAUUUGGCACGGAUGGGGAUGGCAUCCUGCCCCGAUAAGCGAUGUGUCCACUGAUGUUCCUAGUUUGUGUUCAACAGCGCGAGGCACUCGACGCCUUUUUGUUACGUUGUACACGCUCAUUGUAAUUUCAAUUCCAAUGCAGCUGGCUUUCGGGCAGCCAAUACUCUCUCACCUUCGUAUUCACUGACGUCAAUGUGGCCGCGGCACGAAGAUUAUGUCGAUCUAGAAAAUUCCGACCACUGUAUUUCUCUUUCAUAGCGACGAAGCAUCGUGGCUGUUUUACGGGCUUUUGGGCCAUCUUCGAUGGCGAUACGGAAACCGGUGUUACGUGCCACCACAUGGAGGAGAAAUUUGACCGCGGCAAAAUCCUGUCGGUCGAGAAGUUACUGCUCACUCACCAAGAGACCAGCAAGAGCCUGUAUGAUGCCCUGCUACCGGUCACCCAGGCUUGCUUUCUGAACGUGCUGCGAAUGUUCUUCGAGUCAAAAACUGCAUCCGCUGCAGCGGAGAAGGCUGAUGUUUCUUAUUCUCUACCGGAAGGAGCUGAUCAAGUGGGGGAGCCAUCCUACCACCGGCGGAAGUUACCGCACUCCGGGGUAAUUCAGCCCGAUUGGGCGGAGGAAAAGGUCGAGCGCUUUAUCCGCGCUAUGACCUUUCCCCCGCACGAAGGGGCAGUCUUUAUCGACGCAAAUCAGAAACGAUACCCCUGCGACACACUUAGCGACUACCGAGAAGCGAUUGCUGCAAACAAGAGCACGACAUAAUGAUGCCACAGAUAAAAUAGGAGUAAGAAAGAGAAUGAAAACUUGAACUUUUUUGCCAAUCCGGUCAAGGCUGCAGAAUGACCGAAACGCAAUGAUGCGUAUCCAUUUGCUUGGUAUACGGAUCGCUUCCUCGAGG